ACCAUAAAUUAUUAUCAGCUAAUGGGUUUUCGUAUAAAAAGGCUAGUUGCUGAACUAAACAGCACUCAUUAGCCCACUGAAGCAACUGAAGUAAUACACAAAAUGGAUUUCAACACCGCCUCCGAGAAAGCCAAGAAGUUCACCAAGACUCCCACCAAUGACGAGUUCUUGGAAUUCUACGGACUGUACAAGCAGGCGACCGUUGGUGAUAACAACACUGCCGAACCCGGUGCAUUGGAUCUGAAGGGCAAGGCCAAGUGGAACGCAUGGAACAAGCACAAGGGCAUGUCCCAGGAUGCCGCCAAGGCCGCCUACAUUGCCACCUAUGAGAAAUACGCACCCAAGUAUGCUUAAGUGUCUUGAAAAUGUCUAACUGGUGAUGCAAUAAAUGACUUGAAGAUUAUAUAAAUGGAA